CUCGAACAGACUCGGAUGCUUUAUCCAAGACGCAUCCUAGUAAAGCUGAUAUGACUGAUAUUGCCGUUCACUUUGACAGCCACGGCUGUGCUUUUUACCAGCGUAUUCCCCCGUGCAACGUCUUCAACCUUGAGGAUCUUGGAACAGUGCUUGAUGCCUGCCAAAAGGAGGAUGAGGUGCUGCAUUUCCAUGCUGUUCGUGACAAGGCAAAGAGUUGGCUCCAAUGCGACGAUCUCCAACUUGUUACAUCUCUUGGUGUCACCUGUGCUGACGGAACUGCUCCCCUCAAACCAUGCUUUGUCUUGCAAAGUAAAGCUCACUCGGAGGGAUGGUGUGAAGAGGAUGAAGGCUAUAGUCUGGUGACCACCAACAGCAACUGGGCUGAUAAAGCGAGCUAUACCGAUUGGUUUCUCAAUGUCUUCCUCCCACAGGCUCGAGCCCAUGCUGACCCUGCUCAACCCAUUGUCCUCACAUUUGACGCUCAACUCUCUCACUUCACCACCUAUCUGGGAGAUGUGGCUCACUCUAACAACGUCAUCCUCUUCUGUCUCCCUUCCCAUAACAUCUACUGUAUCUAAC